UUGAGCGUCGAUACGUCAAGAACGUUUCCGGUUGCUGUCUCCCUUUUGCACCCUCUUUUCGGGUUGUCGCUAACGUCAACAACACGCACGUUACCGAGCCGGAGUAAAUUUUCAUCGUUUUUCGCCACAAUUUCCCUUUAAAGAUGCCGCAGGAAAUCAAGGAAGUGAAAGACUUUCUCAUCAAGGCCCGCAGGAAGGAUGCGCGUGCCGUCAAGAUAAAGAAGAACGAGACCAACACCAAGUUCAAGAUCCGCUGCUCCCGGUACCUGUACACGCUAGUGGUUAAGGAUAUGGAGAAGGCAGAAAAGCUAAAGCAAUCGCUGCCACCGGGCCUGCAGGUUAAGGAAGUGAAGUGAAGUGGGUGUCAGCGGAACGCGCUUUACGC